GGGCGUGCGGAGCAAAGAUCCGCGUGUAUAUACAGUGCGAAAGGUUGUGCGUAAGCCGUGCUCAGUUGGAUACAGCGUGUUAGAGCGUGAUCGCGGGCGAAUGAAGAGUGCGCUUGUAAAACGUUUCCGACCAGUGUUCCGGAUGGUCUCAGCUGCACCUGACGUCACGUCAGCUCCUUCGGUUUCUCCGCGACGCCGCAUCUCGCCCUUGUGAAUACGUGAUUAGUGGCAGCGUGUGUGAGUCGUCGACUUGCAGCAGUUGCCGACAAUUCUUGACGACUAACCGCGAGAGCAGUCUACUGAGGCAUUCAUUCGUUCACCUAGCCAACCAUCCACCCAGGACAUACAAGUAUACGGAGUGGAGAUGUCGUCGUCAUCAGCCAACAGCCGCCGCCUACCUGUGCGGUGUCCUCGCACAGUCUGAGCCCGUGGGCGUCUCCUGAGGCGCGGCCGUCACCGCCAUGUCCUCGCACCGCGAUGACCCGAUCUACCAUCAGUGGUACAACGACCCACGCACGGUGCGCAAGAUGAUGGACGAGCUGGUGGUGUCUCCGACGGCCGGCCGCUGCCCGACGUGCCACGUGCCUUUCGACAAGGGCAAGCGACGCCGCAUCACCGAGGACUGCGGCCACGAGCGCUGCUACUACUGCAUGCUCAACGCCGACGGGCCAGGAUGCCCCAUCUGCGCAGCCGAAGCCGCCAAGGCUCCUAGCAACCAGUCCAGGCCUCGCAUGAAGACCAAUGGACACUUCACUACGUUCAUGCAAACUCGCAACCCUCACACAAGAGGUCCUCCGGCGUCAGGCAUGGCCAGUCCGAAGAUUAGCCAUAUUUCCUGGAAAGACCGGAAGAUGACAAGGCCUUCCACGGUUAGCGUAGACAACCACAACGCCUUGUCAGACUUGGCCAAGGUCCAGCACUGGCCAAUGAAUAUGGUCAGAAAAAUAAAAUCUCUCUGGACCAUAGAUGACGAGUUUUCGCAGCCCAUCUACCACCAGCCAUACCAGCACCACCCUCCGCCUCCAGCGGUGGUUGUGCCCCCUCCUCCACCCCUGGGCGGCUCGCAGCAACAGCAGCAGCAGCAUGCUUCCGAGCACCUGUACACUCGGCUCGGCCUGCUGCUGGGCGAAGGACCCCCGGCAUCGACGGCCUACGUGCCGCCGGCCGGGGGCAGCAACCACAGCCAGGGAUCGUUCGCCAGCGUGUCCUCGCUCGCCAACAGCGACAUCAACAUGGCCGGCUCCACCAACACCAGCCCCAUCUCGACGCUGACGGGCUCGUCAGAAGCGGAAGCCAUGAGCAUACUUCGUGGCUCGAGCAGGGAAGAGAGCUCGGACAGCGUUGCAUCGCUGAUGAGCACCAGCUCGUCACCCUCACCCUCGCGCAAAGCACCUUUCCAACAGAGAAAUAAUAGUGUGCCCAGUAACAGGAGGUGCACACCACUUAAUUGCUCAAACAAACCCCAAACCUUUGGUCACGCGAGAGGGGCGCAGCUGCACUACAAGAUCUCCCUUCAGCCAGCGCUGAAGCCGUUGUUCUUUGAAGUUCCCCAAGCAGACCAGGAUCCGCCAUUUGUUGGGAGGCAGUGGCUCUUCGACGAAAUCGACCAGGAGUUGCAAAAUGACAACAGCAAGGGUGUGGUUGUAGUUGGGUGCCCCGGAUCAGGCAAGACUGCUGCCAUACUGCAGCUGGUUGACUACAGCACCUUUGGUCGCAAGAAGGAAGAAGUCACAUAUGGCACAGCAGGUGUGCGCCACUGCGAACCUGAGCGUCGCGGUGCGUUGGGCAGCAGCGGUAGCAGUAUAGGAAGCGGCUCGGCGUCGUCGGUGUACCAGCCGCGGCUGAGCACCAAGCAGGACGGUGCACGUUGCCUGGGAGGCCACCUGGUGGCCUACCACUUCUGCCAGGCAGACAACAACGUCACCUGCCUGGUGCCCGAGUUUGUGCACAGCGUGGCCGCCCAGCUUUGCCAGGCUCCUCAGCUGGUGGCCUACCGAGACCUGCUGCUCAAAGACCAAAGGCUUCAAGAUGUGCUCAGCCUGCCUUCAUGCCAGACCGACCCCCACGAAGCCCUGGUGAAAGGCAUCUUGGAACCGUUAAGCUCCUUGAGACAAACAGGCCGAAUCCCAAACACCAGUUGCAUUAUUGUCGUAGAUGCACUCAAUGAAGCUGAACUGCAUCGGCCUGACUAUGGAGAUACCAUCACCUCCUUUCUGGCCAGGCACAUACUCAAGUUCCCUGCUUGGUUGAAGCUGAUUGUUACUGUGCGGACAGCAUUCCAGGAAGUCACUCAACAACUGCCAUUUCACCAGAUCUCCUUCGAUCGUAUGUCAUGCAAUGAGAACUUAAUGCGAGACAUUGUGGGCUAUGUUCUCUUUCGCAUUGAGUCCAGUCCCUCGGCACGUGCCAACAUUACUGUCAACAAUGGGAAACAAGAUGGCUCAACUCAUGCAAGGUUUGCCAACCAUCUGGCCAAUCUAAGCAAGGGCUGCUUCCUAUAUGCCAAAUUGACCAUGGACCUUAUAGAGCGUGGUCACCUAGUGGUCAAGAGCAGCAGCUACAAAGUCUUGCCUGUCAGCCUCAGUGAAGUGUACCUGCUGAACUUCAACCUGAAGUUCACGACAACCAGAGCAUUUGAGAGGGUGCAAAGUCUCCUACAGGUCUGCAUGGCAUCAUUGUAUCCUCUGCGUCCACAUGAACUGUAUCACAGUGUGAAUGCGAGCGCCACGUACGAGCCCAUGACAUGGGCUGACUUUCAACAGCGUUUGACAACAUUGACCACUGCCCAGUUCAUGAUGCAGCGUAACGAUGACUCACUUAUGCUGGCCCAUCCAUCUCUACGGGAGUGGCUCAUUCGUCGAGAUGAGAAUGACAGUACUAAAUUCCUCUGUGAUGUCAGGACGGGACAUGCAUCAAUUGCGCUGCGCAUGUCCCGCAUAGAAGCACCGCUUGACCCCAGUCAGCUGCUGGAGCUUGGCCAUCACAUCCUCAAGGCGCACAUUUACAAGAACAUCUCCCGUGGCCUUCCCCAGUCAUGCACUCCUCGGGACUUGCAGGCACUAUGGGUCUUCCAGAGUGCUGGAUGUGUCUCCUCGGCACUUGUGGCUCCUGCAAACCUGUACAGCCCAAAUGUAAAGGUGAGCCGUUUGCUGCUGCUGGCUCAGGCUGAUCCAAAUGCACGAACCAACUGCCUGAACCGAGCACCACUGCUGGUGCUUUCUGCCUACGAGGGGUUCACUGACAUGGUUACUUCCCUUGUGGAAUUUGGAGCUGAUGUCAACGUUGCCUCCGAUGUGGGCCGCACUGCUCUUAGCAUGGCCUGCGAGCGGGGGCACUUUGAGAUCGCCAAGUACCUCCUCUCAUGCGGAGCAAGGAUUGAUCACGUGGACAGCGAGGGCCUCUCAGCGCUAGCAUAUGCUGCCAGUUCUGGCCACUUGGACCUGGUGACACACCUGGUGCAAUGCAAGUGGCCAGACGAUUUCGGCAUUGCACUGGGUCUUCACAGAGCUGCCCAGCAGGCUCUAAUUGCAGCUGCAAAGUCAGGACACACUGAGGUGUGCGAGUUUCUGCUGGACAUGAUGGAGGUACAGGUGAACAAGCAGGACGACUUCAGUGGCCACACAGCACUGACGGCAGCUAGCCUGGCAGGACAUCGAGAUGUCUGCGCACUGCUCAUGCGUCGUGGCGCCUCGGCACUCGUGCGAUCCAACGCGGGCGAGCCACCCCUGUGCUGUGCUGUGCGUGAAGGCCACUGGGCAGUUACUGAGCUCCUGCUGUGCCAUGCACGUGCUCUAGAGCAGUCUGAUGCCCUGGGUCGGUCGCCUCUUAUGCUUGCUGCUGCUGAGGGCCAUCUUGGAGUACUGGAGCUGCUGCUUGCCAAGGGAGCCAACCUGCUAUGGCAAGAUAAGGAUGGCCUUUCUGCAUUGAGUUGGUCCUGCAGUCGUGGUCAACUUCAAGCAGCUCAGUGUCUCCUCACCCAUGGCGCUGACAUCAACCACAGCGACAAGAGGGGCAGAACGCCACUCGACAUGGCUGCCACCCAAGGAAAUGCAGAAGUUAUCAAGCUACUCUUAAAUAAUGGUGCCGAGAUUGAGCAUGUGGACCUGAAUGGCACCAGAGCUCUUGACCGAGCCAUUGGAACUGGGAACCUCGAUGCCAUCAACUGCUUCCUGCAAGCAGGGGCUAAGAUAGGAUCACAAACCUGGGAGAUGGCGGCUGGUAAACCUGACGUUGUGCACCUUCUGUUGAAUAAGCUCCAUCAAGAUGGAGCUCUUUUAUACAGAAAAGGCCACAUGAAAGAUGCUGUCCAUCGGUAUCAGUAUGCCCUGAAGAAGUUCCCUGCGUCCGUUGUGGAAGAUGCAGACAGCGGAAGCACAUUUCUACAGCUCAAGCACCAGUUGCUGCUUGGGCUUGCCAAGUGCAAAAGGAAACUGAAUGAACCUGAUGCAGCCAUCUCGGCAGCAACUCAAGCUAUCGAGCUUCGACCAAAGAGCUUUGAGGGCCACUUUAUUCGGGCUAAGGCAUACAAGGACAAAGGAUGCCAAGCUGAGGCCCAAGCAAACAUAGAAGAAGCUCUCAGACUGGCCCCCAUUUCGAACCUGGAGCAGCGACGAACACUACUGAAAGUGCAAGAGGAGAUUGGUGCCGGAGAUAUUGACCUCACUGGCACUCAGUACAUGUCAACAAGAAGCUCUCUGGACAACCAGUCAAACUGCACGGACAGCAUGGACCAGGUUUGUGGCAUUUCGGUGGACAGCAGGCUCAACUUGGCGUCAGUGCAUCUGUGAGCACAAUUCCCUUCAGAGAUGACAAACAACAGCACAGGCUCACACUCCUGUCUGUUUGAAGAUGGCAUUUAAAAUUACAUCUCUCCCCACGCUUCUCCCAUCCUUGCCCUGGCCAAGAAACUCUGUGUUGUAGUAUACUGUCACGUAGUGACCUUUCUUUUCUUGGUAGCCAUAUGCCAGGUCACUGUUCGUACAAGUACACAUAUUAUGUACGCAGGACAAAAAAGGAAGAUUGAGUAUUUAUUGCUGUAUCAUGUAUCUUUCGUCUUUGUACAUAACAGCCCGUUUCCUGUAUUUAUGUGGGCAACAAGCAUGGAAAAAAGAAACACACUGAGGUACAUAAGGCUGCAUUACCAAAUGCCAGAACCAGUACACAGACUUCACUUGUGUGCGCUGCUGCUUCUAAUAGAGAUGUCUCCAGUUCUGAGCGUUUGUGCCGAGUGGUUGCUCGCUGGCUGUUCAAUUAGCCACAGCCAUUGUGCAGGGGAAUAUGUGCAAAUGAGAAACUAUUGCCAUCGGUAUGCUUUGUACUCAGUCAAAGGCAUUGAUUAGAAAGUACCCAUCAUGUUUAUGUGCAAGAAGCCCAAGCUGCGCUUCUAUAUUGUGUUGUGCAAUGAUUUCUCUCGGAACACAUGAGCUUAUUAUACAGACAUAUGGGAGCUGCAUUGCGAACCUGUCCUUGAGCAUUCCUUUAGAGAUGUGACCACUCAUGAAAAGUAGUGAUGCCUAAAGGCAAACACAACUUCAUGGGCAUGUUACAGUCAAGACAAACAAUUAAGAAAUCGAAAUGGACUUCUCUCAAGUUAGCACUGAUGACAUCCUAAAGUGCUGUUGGUGACAUACGAAUAUCAUCCCUACGAAGCAUGGGAAAUGCAUUUGAAGUAGCAGCUUUGGUUGUGCUCAUUGGUAAUAACAUGAACUGCAAGAUUCAUACUUGGACAGUGCAUAGUCAUAAGUGCCUAGCAGCAGGCUAUGACCGUGUGGUUCUUGUAGGUGCAGCCUUUGACACAGCUAUUGUUGUUGCAGCCUUCCACCUUUCAUCUCUUCUGUUUGGUUGUAGUAAAAGUGUGAAAUUAAUAUAGAACAGCUUAGAGGUCACUGCACCAUUAGUAAUGCUGAAUGCACCGUAUGCUGAUCAAGAAUGAUCAUAGCGUACAGUUUAUGUCCCUGAUUGACGUUUUACGCAGCUGUCUGUUUUGUGUACUACUCUGAAUGUAGCCACACAUUUUAGGGGCAACAUAUGGCAUAAUGCAAACUGCAACGCUGCCCUUAAACUACUUUAAAUGUAUCAGUGGUAAAAUAUAGAAAAAAAAUUCACUGCAUAAGAAAGUAUCUGUAUGUCAACAUGUACCCUCAUUAGCCUUCAUGCUAAUGAAAUUUACUGAAUGUUUGGAAUAAGAAAGGUCACGAACCUUAUGCUUCAGACUACCUUGUUUAAGUGUAGCCUAAUGCUAGGUCUUAAUUUAAUUAAAAUGGAAACCUCUCUGUGCAAGCAUAAAAUUAAAGGUACCUUCUUUUCGCUGGGCACUUACAUGAUGUUAUUCUGAAUCAAAUGGUUUGGUUUUCAAUAUGAAAGGUCACCCAUUUUCAUCAAUUGCCAUAAAAAAAUACAAAGUUAGUUUGUGUGAUGGUGUUUUUUCUUAGGUAGCAUUGGUUGAUUAUUGACUGCUCUAACAAGUGUUAACAGGACUGUACCUUGUAGCACAAGUGCAUGCCUUAGGUUUAUAUUAGUGUAAACAAAAUGCAACAAGUUUCGUUCUUUCUGCUUGUGUAAGCAUGUGAGCACAUGAAACCAAGUGGCUCAAAGUUAAUGUGACCACAAGCACAAGCCACUAAUAAAAUUACAAUGUGUCCUUGUUAAUAUAGCCUAGCCAAUUAAAAGUUGUCGCAAGUAUUUUGCUGUUUGCAGUCUUAGCUUGCAAAAUUAUAAGCCUGCAUGGUGUCCUAGGGAAUGUGUACUCAACCAUUUUUAUUAAACCUAUUUUGUAAUAUGUGCUCCAUGCAGUCAGCUCUGAUGAGCAGAGAGAACCAACAGGAGCAUUUAUAAGUGCAGCAUCUUUGAUUUAGAAUAAUCACUUUCAUUUCCACUACAUUAAUUUUAAUAUGUUCUUAUGUAAAUUCAUUUUACAAGUCAACAUUAAGUACUGAAUAAUAGAAAAAAGUGACUAUGCUUGUAAUUUAUUUGUUUGCACUGGAAAAUUUGUGAAAUGAAUUCUUUAUCAAUGAAUGAGUGAAUGAGAUAAAUUGGUCAAUGAAAUUGGCUAAUAUGAGGUAGUGCACUAUAUUUCUGACCAAAAUAAAUGCUUAGUGCUAGCUAAGAUGGGAUUCUGGGUGCAUUUUUAUUUUAUUUUUUCUGAAUUUUUAACGGAUUUUUUUUUUACGUGGCAAAGAAGUUUUUAACCUUUGUUAGGUAGUUUAUUUCACACCAACAAUUUUAACGCUUCAAGUGUUCUAACUGUGUUGGAUAUGUUAACUCCUAUCUAACAAACAUUCAGGAGCUAAUGUCUUUUGGCUGGCACAUGUUGAGUUUCAGUAGUUCUACGCAGUGCUCUCAUUUGGUUGAAAUGCCUGUUUUUGACUUAGGUUAUGCUUGAAUAGCAUGUUCUUAAACUGUGUGCCUGUGGUAAGAAAAAUGUAACAUUCUAUGGUGACUACAAAUGCGGCACUUCCACAAGUGCUGGGUUUAGGACUCAUAAGCAAGGAAUGCUUGCAGCCUAAGUGUUGUCCAUUUUACAGCAAUCUGAUGCUGAGAUAUAUAUAUGAACCUGAUUGGCUAGUUCAUUGAACUUUUUUAAGGUCAUGAGCACUAGAAUGCUGUGCAUGUUUCUGACUGUAAGCCGUCACGUAACUUGUGAAACAGGAAGUAAAUGCAGUUCCACAGAUAUGUAUUCCAUAUAACGAAGCCUACUCGAGUGUUGUUCCACUUAUUGUAUUGCUGGGUGUAAUUUCAUGAACCCAGGCCUAUCUUUUGUAUUUAACUGGUAUUCUAAAUUUUACUUCUGUAUAUAAGAAGACAAGUAUUUCAAACUACGUUCCUUGAUUAGAGCAGGCACUGCUCUUGUUGAAGCAAUGUGUAUCUCACUUUCUAAGAAUAUUCGUGCUAGAUUAUUGUUUUGUAAAGGCCAUGCACAAAAUUGUCACAACUUUAUUCUAAGGUUGAAGUACUCUCUGUGUGUGUGUACAUAUAAGGGUAUUUGUAGAUACAGUAUACUUUAUAGAAAAUUAUAUAGCCUUACACCUGUACUUCUGUUUCACAGUAUACGCAUUGACACAGGGACAGAAAAAAAAAAGGAAGUGUACACGGCCAUAUAUGUAUUUGACAAUAAACUAGAUUUGUUUCCCCUGCAAA